AUGUCAUUUGGCGACCUUGCUUUAAGUUCUGAUAUGUUUUUCUAUAUUUUCCAGAUGGCAGCACUGACGAUUCUGGCGUCUUCAUUGAUUACACAUUAAGACCUUUGAAAAAGUUGGCCGGAGUUUUGCUUCUGGGGACAGCAGGACUUAUUCCACCAAAUUCAAUUGAGCAAAUGGAGACAGCUUGUGAAAUAAAUGAAAAUAAAACAAUACACCCAAUAGCUUAUCGUACUCACACACAUAGCCUUGGAAAAGUGGUAUCUGGGUAUAGAGUCCGGACUGACGAACAUGGUAGCCAUCAGUGGACACUCUUAGGUAAAAGGGAUCCCUUAACACCACAAAUGUUUUACCCAGUUGAAAAUAGCGAUCCUAUAAUAGUCGGUGAUUUUCUUGCUGCAAGGUGUACAAUGAUAAGCCAUCGGAACAGAAUUACAGAAAUUGGAGCUACAAAUGAGGAUGAAAUGUGUAAUUUUUAUUUGAUGUAUUAUGUUGAGAACGAUGAACCUCUUAAUAUGAAAUAUUGCUUCAGUCAAGGACCACCUAACUAUUAUUGGAGUAAUCCAGACGUUGGGCUUAAUAACAUUCCAAAUACCGAAGCCAGUACAUUGUGAAUUUAUUACAAAAUGUAGUACUCAUUUUAUUUUUUGGAAUGUAAAUAUUUAAUAAUUGUUGAACGUCAUUGUAUAUAAAAUAAAGUGUAUGUAUAUAUGUAUUUGUGAAAUAAAAUGUAUGUAAUUUCAACAUUCAAUUAAAAGCUCAUUAUAAA